AUGCAGCCGUUCUUCCUAUUCCUUUCGAUCGCCAAUCUCCUUUUGGGUCUUCUUCAAUGGGCGUCUGCCGCUGCUCCUACAACCGCCGAGGUUCUUUCCUCCUACCAACAGCCCGAGUGUGACGAGCCCCUGCUCCGCGAGAGUGCCCUGCCUGACUCAGCCUUCUCUGCCACCAGCAAUUCAGAGGCCAUGGACCAGCCUGCUGGCGAACCGUCCGCCGAUCACUCUGCGAAAGCUGCAAGGAACCUCGUUGACGGCGGCUGGUGUCCAGCUGGCAAAGUGGGCAGGGACUUCUCAGAGUACAUCCAGAUUGACAUGGGCACCCUAAAUGUGAUCGUGAAAAUCGCUUUUGGCGGACGCUCAGGUGUCGGGUUACAAUGCGAUAAAAAGAUCGGCUCUGGCAUUCGAAUUGGCUGCACCUUCUUCAGAGAGCCCGGGAUUGCCACUGAUUCUGACAUGUUAUUGCAAACUGUAGUUCACAUGGCAUCCAAACAAACUAACGUGCCCAAAUCGCGCAAGUACUCCGCUAACCUCACUCAAGUUAACUUUCCCACGAUUAUCAUCAAAGUGGGUGCCGACAGGAGACCCCAUCUCAAGACUUCAGGCUCCGUGCACGCGGUCACUCCCUAG